AUUUCGCAACUAACCUUUGUGUAGGUCAAUCUGUUAUCCGUCACCUGGAGAAACGCUGAAUUGUUAUUGGUGACCCCGCUACCGAGCUUCCCAGUUCUGGCCUAGCCUCAGAGAUACUCAGAUAGUACAAUAGCUUGCUUGGGGCGAGGAUGUCGUCGUAGCUGUGCUUGAUGAAGCAAACGGUCGAAAGACCGCCAAGGCUAGCUUUACAACCUGCUCAGUGUCAAAGGUCGCUAGCUAAUAGUUCUCCGUGCGACGCAACGAUGUUGUCCAACGACCUGAGUAGGAAGGGUGGAGGAAGAGGGAUCCCCUCCCCGCAUAGACACGUGUUGUUUACGGUCUUAUAACUGACGCGCCAAACAAAAACAAGCAGCAUCAAAAGGAAAUUCCGUUGACAUGUGGGCUGUGUUUCAAUUGGAUGGCUGCUGUCCGUGGCAGACGAUGUCUCGUACCUCGAUACCGUAUAACCGUGCACUCAGACCACAGAUGCAGACGUCAGGACGUAACUGACAUGGCAGCUCCGCACAAAAGGAGGGAAAUCGACACCAAAGUCACCUACCUGAGGAGUUUUAUCAUGUUUUCAAACCAGUAAUUGAGAGUGCACUGAAUACGAUGCCACUCACACUUCCUUUUUAAAUCUGAUGCCUUCAGGCGGAGACAUAUCAACGAAUGUUGGCCGAAAACGUGCAUGGAUAACUGUUUGCAUCUGAAAGGCUUUCUUUAAGCACUAUGUGGAGCUGUCUUCCCUGCUGCAGGCGUUAUAGUGAUAUCUGCCAACCCCCUGAGUCUUCAUCUAAAGUUUUUUCAUAGCAAGAUGGAAAAUAUUCUUCUUAAAUUAUCCUGUCGACGUCGAUGCAAAGGCUUUGCUCUUCUUGUAUUAUUGAUUGCCAUAUUCACAGUAUCCCAGUAUACCUUAAAAAACAGGGCCUCUUCAGCGUUAGCAAGCGUAGGUGACUUCUUUUGGUUGGACUUGUUCCAUUCUAAAUACUUUAUUCCUAGAGACAGCAUAAUUAUGCCACAGCAUAUUUCAUAUUUAAUUCAACCAGAAAGGUCAUGUAACAAUGAAGCUUACAUCGCUGUUCUCAUUCCAAGUCAUCCAAAAGAUGGCCUAAAAAGAACGAUAAUUCGGAAGACUUGGGGUCAUGCUUUGAUACAGGACCAGUGGCCACAUGCCAAACUUGGGAAACAUGCUGACAUUUUCUUUUUAUUGGGGAGAACAUCCAACCAGCUGGAACAUCAGUCUGUUGAGCAGGAAGCACACACAUAUGCUGAUAUGAUUAUAGGUGACUUUGAUGACACUUACAGAAACCUCUCAAUAAAAAUGUUGUUUGGGCUGAACUGGAUUGCCAAGAACUGUGCAGAAACAAAGUUUCUUGUCAAAAUAGAUCAAGACACAUUUGUUGACUUUCCACAGCUGAUGAAUCUUCUCCUGAAUAAUGAGUAUAAGCUGCACAAUUCUGUGCUGGGAAAACUAUAUUACUCUCCUUGGGUGUUAACGAGCGGCAAGUGGAAAAAUGACCCCAACGAAUACCCUUUUUCAAUGUUCCCAACGUACGCUGGUGGGCCGUGCUACAUUUUAUCCACUGACAUUAUAGCUCCUAUUGUGAAUAUGUCACAGUACAUACCGUACAUGUCAUUGGAAGAUGUGUAUAUUACUGGCGUCUUAUUAAAGGCAUUAGGUGCACCCAAAUACGACCUGCCACAACUGCACAAUUUCCCAGAGGAAGAAACAUUUUGUGAUUUUAUAGCUGACGAAAAAAGACUGUUGAGCACAACACGGCUAUCCACUGACCAGCUUAGUGAGUUGUGGCAAACCAUUACAAGAGGAACUUGUUAAUCUCUUAACGUUUCACUCUCCCUCUACCUCGGUUCAAAAUUUCUUAAAAGUGAUUUAAGAAAAAUUAAUUUUGUGAUAUGUGUGUGAAGUUGGCUAAUCUAAAAUUGUUACCUUCAUACAGGUCAUGCUGCUUAUAAUCACCCUUAAAAAAAAACCGCAAAAAAACAAAGAAAGCUGGGGGAAGGAACUAUUACAUAAUCUGGAAUCAAUACAUGUUUCAUGUUUUGCAUAAAGAGCAGUUUUAGAAUUUUUAUGGAGAAACCAGUCUCUGUUAUAAUUACAAGGAGGAAAUUAAAUAGGGCAAUGCUUGACAGCUGACUUAUUUUGAACAUCGUACUAGUGUAUUUUUGAGGCAAUGCAAAGAACAGAUACUGCAGAUACUGCUUCAAUCCGUAACAUCCAUUGUUCUCCUUUUGAAAGAAUAAAUAAAGAAAAAUUGGACAUAUGCAACGUUCUUAUUUGCUGCAAUAUAUGUUUAAUGAGGGAACAGAAUCUAAAACUACCUAAAAUAUGUUAAGUGCAUGUACUGAUGUGUUUUGUUUUAUACCAUACUCACUCUUAUUGAGCUAGAAAGUCUAUAUAUAUUUAUUUUGUUCCAAAAAUCCUCUCAAAACAUGUGUCCAUCAACCACGUGGCCUUAUACCAUUCUUUAUAUACUGAAUUUGUUUGUAAUCUUGUACCAUUAACUGUUAAGAUGUAUACCAUUCAAGUGUAAUAGGCACCUCUAAAAGUGUAUAAAUAUGCAAAUAAAUCAGUAAUUAGUGUUAUGUUGGCAAAAUUCAUAUUGAAUAGUGAAGCAUCACUUACCUCUCUGGACCUGGUUAUUACUGUGUAAUUAUGACUGCUGUUACAUUCAUAUAAAGUGACUAAAGUUCACAUAACAGAUACAAACUCAGUGUGUUUAGCCUUAGGCUUGUCUUAAAGACUUUUGCUUAAUUAAACCUGUCUUCUUCUUCAGGUUAUUUCUGCUGUCACUGAUAAUUUGUUGUGUUGGUUUGGCAGGUUUUUUUUAAUUUGUUAGUCAUCUAAAUAUUUCUUGUAAUGCAAUUCAAUAUGACCUCUUGUUGGAUAUGGAUGGACACCGACAAUAAUUAAAGGUAAAUAAUAUUGAAGUCUUUUAGAAAUGUGUAAAUGCUGGGGUAUUUAAGACCUAUCAAGAACAUUUAAUAUCUAAGCUGUGUAAGCUGUCUUAAUUGUUUUAGAUUGUGAACAUCUCAGUAGUAAACAGUGAUACAAUGUAUCUGUUUUUGUCAAAUCGGCAUAAACCCAUUCCACUUUUGAAAAGUGAUGUAAACUGCUGUUAAAUCUUGCUUUAAAUAGUUCCUUAAUUAACAUCCUUUUAACAACCAUUUAAUAUGCCAAAAUACAUGUGCCUAUUUGAUGCUGUAAAUGACAAGUUCAUGGUAAAGGACAUUUUUUUUUAGAAAGACUUUUUUAAAAAGUGUAAUUUAAGGCAAUAAAUACUUUUGUUGCUUA